UUAUUUUAUUAUUACAUUUUAUAAAGUGAGUGACGCUAAAAUAUUUAUAGUUUCAAACAAAACAUUUAAAAAUCUGUAAACUAGACAAUAACCUUUAAACAAAGUGUGUAUUCACAGACUAUUUACAGAUUUCGGAUGCUACCACGCACAAUGUUGUCGAAACUUUGUAUUCUUAUACUGUGUGCAGUAUUAACAGCCGGUAAUAAAUAUGACGAAAGUGGUUCAUGCCAUUCGUUUGCUGGAGGCUCGGUUUAUCCUUCCGAAGGACCUCGUGGAGACCACAAGUUGCAAACCACUAAAGCCGUCAUAUCUAAGUCAGCUCCAACGUUUGAAGGAACAGCUGUUGUGAAAGGAGAAUUCGUCAAAUUAUCACUUUCCCAAUAUCAUGGAAAAUAUUUAGUACUUCUGUUUUAUCCACUUGACUUCACCUUUGUAUGUCCCACCGAAAUUAUAGCGUUUUCUGAUCGCGUCGAAGAAUUCCGAAAGAUAAAUGCUGAAGUAGUUGCGGUUAGUGUUGAUUCACAUUUUACACAUUUGGCUUGGAUAAACACACCCCGAAAGGAAGGUGGUCUUGGAUAUGUAAAAAUUCCACUGCUUUCGGAUUUAACGCAUAAGAUUAGCAGGGACUAUGGAGUUUAUUUAGAAGAUUUAGGACAUACACUACGUGGUCUAUUUAUCAUUGAUCAUCGUGGAAUCUUGCGACAAAUUACUAUGAAUGACUUGCCAGUGGGACGUUCAGUAGAUGAGACACUUCGUCUGGUACAAGCAUUCCAAUAUACCGAUACACAUGGAGAAGUUUGUCCGGCUGGUUGGAAGCCUGGUGCAGAAACAAUUGUUCCAAAUCCCAAAGAGAAAACGAAAUAUUUUGAAAAGAUUAACAAAACUCCAUAAUAUUGUAAAUUCUUUUCUUCCAAGUUUUAUAUUUUGAUACCAAAAUAAAUAUGUUUCAAAUUUUC